GAUUAACAUAGUAUAAUAUUCGUUUUCUUUGGUUUUCGCUCUACAGUGGAAGUACUAGGACAUCGUCUUACUUCGCGUUGAACAAAGGUGAAGAUGACUUCAGUAUUGAAGCGAGCUUCCAAGAAGGGCAAGCCUCAAACUCAAGGUACGUGAAGUUUGAUCUGCAGAUGUCGCAAACUGGCGCGGUAUAUUUGGGUUAAAUGUUGUAUUGCGUCUUUGAUUCGCCAGCACUUUCCGCUUAGACUAAGGUUUACUUCGUUGAAUAGAAAGUGGAACAGGAAAAACAUGGCUUCAUCCAGCCGAAACUUUGCAGCAAGGAUCUGUAGUUUAUUCUGUCAAGGUAGGAUGGCCUGUGAUUGUUUCUUCAGACUAAUAUUGAAGGUGUCAAAAUCUAUUCCCAAGGCCUCUAAAUGCGUUUUAUUAUGGGGUUUUCUGAAACAUAUUGAAGACAAAAUUAACCUAUCAAAGGAAAUUUAUUCAGCAGACAUUUCGUACGCAAAAGGUUAGAGAGUAGAAUCAAUAAAAUUCGUCCCGUCUUGCUCUUUAAUCAAGUGUUGUGGAAUUCGCGAUCACAGAAAGUUCAAAUGCUGUUUUAGACAACCACGAGGCGUUAGCUUGUGUUCAUCUCCAGUUCUUUUAACAAACAGAUCUUGUUUCCAUUCAAAACACAGCCUCCGCAGUUUUAGUGAAAGAAACUGUCUUCAUUCAAGUGACAAAGUCGCCCAAUUAGGCCUAAAGGAACAAUAAAUUUACUGUCCCCGGAAAUUGCCUGCUUGAGAACCGUUUUCCCCUGCCUCUGAUUAGUUCACAAACUGUCGAUGUUUUUGCCUUUUCUGAAGGUUAAGCCGAAGGUUAAACUGUUUGUAAUUGUUAAAGACGCAUUUUUCUCUCAAAAGUUCUUUCGUAAAUUAUUUUUGAAUUAGUGCUGGUUGAUUUAUUUUAAACAUAAUAUAAUCGCACAAUGUACUAAAACUUAUCGGACAACAUACUGAGUCAACUUAAUAGGUCGCGGAAAAUUGAACUCUGGAGUGAAAAUUGAGAAUGCCAGUCCACCGGGAACCACUGGCAGGGAAUCUUGGUAAAAUGGCAAAUGAUUUCCAUUUGGUUUGAGUCAUUCAUGUACAAUUAUGUUAUAGUUUGAGGGGUUGUAACUUACUCGACAGUGGUAUAGUUAAUUAACAUUCAACUUUAUUGUGUUUUUGUUACUUUCAACGCGAGUACUUUGAGAAGAAAGAGCUCUCAGCUCAAAAUAGCUCAAGUCUCAAGAAAUAGUUUUGAAAUUAUAUUUUGACUCACGAUGGGAAAUAUAUUUAAUUUUGUUCUUAAUUUGACAGCCCUAUUCAUUUUCACGCGUCAAGUGAAGAAGGUAAUUGUGUGCAAGGUCGGCCAGAUUGUUUAUUAAUGAUUAUGUAAUCUCGCAUUCUCUCGUUCAGCUUUUGGGGCAUACAGAUGUACCCCAAGCAAAAGGGACAGACAUUGUUAGGGAAGCCAUCAAGAAAGUCAAGGUAAUUAAUUUAUGGAGAAAGAUAGAAUAAUGGGUAGUCUUAACUGGCAAAUAUGAAUGUAUACAUGAAAUUGUGUUAAAUAUUCCUACAAUUAUGGUGAAAAUUCAAUAUCAAUAUUGUCACAACAACAAUAUACAGACAUCCACAAAGAAAAUUGUGAAAUCGAAAUUUUUUCCCUCUUUCAUAUUUAAAUGAUACAAUGUACAUCAGAUCAGAUGCCCAAUAUACUUUGAUAUUGAGCCAAAUUCUUCCAACUGAUCUUCAAGGGAACAUAAUGUGACUGUGAGGGAAAAUUAAUAAUCCAAUAUCAGGAGUUACAUGCAAGGGGUUUUAAAGCUUGAUGUAUUGUUUUCAAGCAAUUAAUAGAUUUUUUUUUGUUGGGAACUGUUAUAUUAACUUGCACAUGUGCCUGGUUUAUUUAUAGAAAAAGUGCUGUCACUAUUAUUUCUGCCUAGAUGCAAGAUCAACUGAUGAAAAUAAACUUUAUAUGAUAAAAUUAAAAAUGAACUGAUCAAAAAGUAUUUCAUUUUGAUUCGAUGAAUGACAUAAUUUCUGCAAUUUUUACGAACAAAUAAUUUUGAAGUUGUGGAUUUUAGGAAACUCAAUUUAAUAUGUAACAUCCAAAGGACCUAGCUGUUACAUUAGUACUUGUCCCAUGAGACUUAAAAAAAUAAUGACAUCUGAAAUGUUUUUGUAAUACAGUCAAUGGCUUUGUUUAAGGAGUAACAUUUAAAUGAAUGUAUUGGGUGAUCAUCCUGAUAGAGGAAGUCCAGGAAAGGACUGUUGUCUAUAAUAUCAACUAAUUAAGCGAGUAAUCGUAACUAUGACAAAAUUCUAGAUUGUGAUCUGUUACUACCAACACAAUCUGGGCACUGAUAGGAAAGUGAAUGCAUUAUGCUUGUAAUGGACAGAGAAAACAUUACAUGUGCAUGCUCUGUUGCAUAUUUUUUGUUGAAACAACUGUUACUUUUUAUGAAAAUGUACAACUGAUGCCUACAUUGUUUCUCAAAUUCUGUCACAGUUUUGAUUAAUUGGUAGUAGGAGUUUUUGUUGUUAAAUUCUGUUUGUAAUCAUAUUGGUAAUGAAUGAGUUGAACUCCAGCUUUAAUAAUAUAGUGAUCUGAUUUUGUUAAUCACUUGUACAAUAACAUUGUAAACUUAUGUAUGGUCCCAAGGGAAACUGUUAGUUUGUUUCCCAAGAGUCCUGAUGUUUCCAGAGACAAAUUUGAGGGAAACAUGAAGACUCUAGGGAAAACAAAACUAGCUAGUCUCCAAAAGGACCAUACAUAAAGUGCUUUGUUAUAUAUUUAGACUUCCCCUUAAGAAAUCAUGUGGCAAAAACAUGCUGUUGUAUUUGGUGCGUGGGCUACAACUGCAAAAUUGUAUCACAGUCGGGAUGCAUUUGAAUGUGGUCGGGCACAUGACCAGGAAUCAACCAACCACAGUGCUCAUUUUGUUGAGUGACAGUCUAGGUACAUAACAAAAUGAGUUGUACUCCACGUAGUCCUUUGAUCAUCACAAAUCUGAGUGGAGUUAUAACUAGAGUCAAAGCUGUAUGUUUAACAGGUUCUAAACACAUGCAAUUUGUGUGGUCGUAAGGGUUGCAAGUCUAUGGUGGCAAUGUGAAUUCAUUAGUAAGCAAUAAUGUUUAAAUUUUCUUUACUUGUAGUUUGCAAAUCAUAUCAAAAAGAGUGAAGCUGGUGUCAAAGGCAGUAAAUUGAAAAAGGUUGAGAUCAAGAUAUCCAUCAACAAUAUCAAAGUAGAAGAUGUCAAGACUAAGGUAGCCUUGUUUUUGCCUGUGUGUCUUUGUAUCUGUGUUUGCCUGUAUCUCUGUCUUUCACUCACUCUGUUAUUAUUUAUUAUAUUUCUCAAAUCAUUCCUUUAAAUUUUUACAGGAGGAGCUAUACUCAUACCCACUUCACCGUAUAUCCUAUUGUGCUGACGACAAACGCGAUAAGAAGCUGUUUGCUUUUAUUGCCAAAGAUUCUGGCCAACAGCAUCAUAACUGCUAUGUUUUUGAGUGCGAAAAAAUGGUAAACAAGAUCAUGGUUCAAAUUAAAUGUAGUUUCACAAUAGUUAGAUAGACCAUACAUUGUGUAUAUGUAUAUAAACAUAGGGCCAACUCAGAAAAAUCCCCAAUUUUAAGAGGUAGUGCUUCAUCAUAGUAUUCUGUGUCAUUUAUUGCAAUGUCGAAAAUCAGCUUGAACCCUUUCACUCUCAAGAUCUCACCAGUAGUUCUCUUUACUGUCUGUCAUACAAUUCUUACAGUGCUAGUUCAGAGAAUUUGGUACUGGAUCAACCAAUAUACCCUUAAUUGAUACUUUUCCUCAUACUCAUUGCUUGUACACUUGAUAUCGUUUUGAUAAUUUAAGGAGAAAUUCUUUCUGAAAGGGUUUAUCUUUUCACUCCCAAAAUCUCAUUGGUAAUUCUCUUUACUUUGUGCUGCACAAUUCUGACAUUAGUUCUGAGAAUUUGGAGUUGAACCAACUAAUAAUUCCCUCGCUGUUAUUUUUCUUUAUUCCUAUUAAUUGUCUGUUUGAUAUUGUAUAGAAAUGGUAAGGACAAAUUCUGUCUUGGUCACUCUUGGGAGUUAAAGGAUUAAGGCAAAAGAGAACUUAAAAGACAGGAACUGGUGACUUUUGCUGCAAAUUUUAGUCACCUGAAAAUGUUUUCUAUUGCUAUGGCAAGCAAAGUUCUGAUUUUUAUUCUAAUGAUGGGCAUUUUUCUUCCUUUCAAUUUCAAAUUGAAGGCAGAAGAACUAACCUUAACUGUAGGACAAGCUUUUGAUCUGGCUUAUCGAAGAUUCCUGGAAAAGAAGGCUCUUAAUGACAAUUCCAAGAAAAAACUUAAUGAGAUGGAAGAAAAAAUCAAAACUGCUGAAGAAGAGAAAGAGGCAUUGAAACAAAAAAUUGCUGAACUAGAAAUAGCUGCAAGUCAAGGCUCAGGGCCCCCUUCAAGUAAUGGAAGUAAUGAGGUAAGGUGUUCUAUUUUUUUCCCAUAAUUUAAAUGUAAUAAUAAUUGUUGUAAUUUGAGUAUUGCCUUUCUAACUUUCUGCACAUUGUCAGUCAUUUUAAGAAAGGCUGAAAGUGACCUAUAAACCAAUACUAUACAUUCAAGAAAAUUAGAUUGCUUAAUUGAUGGGGGGGGGGGGACUUUUUAAAAAUAGUUUGUGAAAUAGGCUGGGUAUUUAACUCUGGAGAAUGUCUCAUUUGAGGUUGUAUAAUAUUUAGAAGAGAACAGACAAAGUCAGCUUAUAGUAAUACUGCCUUCUUUUUUUUUUUUUUUUUUUUUUUUUUUUUUUUUUUUCAGUGAAAGGUUCGUUAUGUAGUACCCACUGACAAUUGUAUUUUAAGAGUUAAAUUAAAGGAAGGUUCUGAUCUAAAAGGGAUCUUUUAAGUGUUUAUGUGUUCACUGGUUUUGAGUUUCUCAGUGAUAGUUUGAGAGUUCAGGGUUAGGUUUAGGAAAUCUGAAGAUCUUAGGUUCAAUUCCUGAUGGGAACUCAAGAGUUUUUUCUUUGUCCCAUGCUUUUGACAUGACGAACCACAGCCUUCUUCAGUUUAAGAGCUCUGUAAAUCCUGAAGAUCCCUUUAUCAAUUGUUAUUAUUGCUUUCUCAGGGUAACAGGAGCCAGUCUGAUCCAGAUGAAUUUGAUCUCUUGGGUAGUUUCAGUUCUUCUUCUGUGAUGCCCAUUUCACCGCUACAAGACACAGCACCUGUUUUCCCUCAGGAUUCAGCCAGUCAAGACAUAUUCUUUGAUCCUUUUGCACAAAUACUGCCAUCUCAGCCUCAAACAGCUGCUCCUACAUCACCUGACCUAGAUGAAUUGUCACCAUCACCUGUGAAUCCAUCUGUACCCAGACCAGCAACUGGGGGAGUACUGCCAGUUGCUCUUCCUCCUCCUCCAACCAAAGAAAGUGUCAAAGCAGCCAAUCGAAUGAAAACAAACAGUGGUAGCGCAGCUCCAGUCAUGUCACCCACGGCUAUGUCACCCACGGCUAUGUCACCCCCACCACAAGUAGAAUCACCACCGGUUUCUCAGUCAGCACCUUCAGAUGGUGAGAAGAUUUGUUGACCUUUUAGCCCCUGUGAUCUGAUUUUUAAUCCCCUCUAGCUGCUACACAUUUUCUUGUCAUUUAGUAACGAGAAUUUAGUGUUAGAUCAAGAUAACAAUUCUGUCUGAUACAUUUGAGCAUUCUCAUUACCUGAUGGUUGGGUAGUGUAUGGAUGUUAUAGAGAGAAGUUAUAUGUUAAUCACUUGUGGUAGUUAAAAGGUUAACAACUGGCCCUGGUUGUUGCAAGGGUGUCUGAUCAAGUUCAUUCUGUAAGUGGAAAUGAAUGCAUAAGAGCUGACAUUACUGGAAAAAGUGUUUUCUGGCACUUCUGUUUAUAUACUCUAUUGGCCCCCAGCAGUGAUGGAGAAAUACUUUCUCCCUACAAAAUCAAUACAGUAUCAAGCAGACAAGUGAUGAGAAGUUAGAAAAAUAUCAAUUAGUGGAUUAUCAUUUGAUCUAAUAAUAAACUCCCAGAACUAAAUAUAUAAACAGGAGAGUUACUUGAUAGAUCUUCAGAGUGAAAGAGUAUUCAAUCUAAUAGCUAAUUUUGAGGACCACAAGCUAUCAGAAUUGAGAUGGAGAGUUCAGUAUAGUACUUAUCCAUACAAUUCUGAAAUCUGUGAUUCACCCUGUUCACUCUUACUAGUACAGACAAUGUGCUACUUUAAUUUUUACAGUUUUGGAUGCUGUCAUAAAAGAUUUAGGACUGUUUUAUAGCUGAAUGAUUUUCUUGUUACCUCAGAUCUACUACAACUGAGUAGUGGCCACUCAGCUAAUCCAUUCUCCAGUGGUCUUAAUGGCACUGAUCCAUUUGCAGAUGAUGAUCUGUUCGAUCCUUUUGCUUCUAAGAAUAACUUCUUUGACAGUGGGAAGGAGAUCAAUCAAAAUUUACCGGUUUGUUUUUCAACCUUAACAUACAUAUACACUGUACCUAUAGCACAGUAUAGCACAGACAAGCUUCUUACAAACAAGUUUGAGUCUUGUAUAGGCUGCUAAAUAGACCAAACAUAGCAUACAUGCUCACUGAAAGAUAUGAUAAACAUUGUUAAAGUAAUCUUUAACUAUAUGUAGUAUGCACUCAACCUUCAGAGACUUAAAUUUAACAGGCAGUCAACAGACUUGCAUUCCAAAGAACAGUGAUUUCAGAAUUAAUACCAGUCAAGAAAAUAGUGUGC